AUGGUUUCUGGCACCUAUCGUAUUGCGCCUUCCUACAAGAAGCCUGUCGUUGCUGGCGGCAUCUUCACUCUGCCCAAGGUUUUCAGAUGGACCCCGACUUUGGCUCUCUGGGGCGCCACCACUGGCGUUGCUGCCAUCUUUUUCUGCGACUCUAUUACCCUUUUGCGUCGCGAUGUGUACAGCAAGUUGCCCAUCUUUGGUAGCUACUACUCUGACCAUGUCGAUCCCGAAGACACACCUUUCUAA